UGUACCGUCGACCGGUUUCGAGCAGAAUUCUGCUCAUCAUUCAGGACGAGGCCCGAUGUCCAAUCAAUGUGUGCGCUCUGAUCAAUGACAAUUCCGAUGUCGAAAAGGAGAAGUUCUAUGAGCCUUGAAAAGGCGUACAGUGAGUCUUAUUUUACGCGGAAUUUCUAUCGGAUAGCUUUCCAAAAAUAAACGAAGAAAAUUGUGAUUCGCAACGUUCAAAGAAAUUCUAUGUGACGGUAUGAAAUACGGUAUGAAAGUAAAAAAAAUGUAUACAGAAUAGUCUACUUUACGCAAAAUGCAAGAGCGUGUGCUACUAGAAAUCUUAUGCUACAAUUAUAAUGUCGCACUAAUCUGUACUCAAGUGUAAGAUGUUUAUACUGAAAGGAUUGCCUGCAGGUGUGUUUUGUGAUUAUCCAUUGACUAAAAAUAUAUACAAUAACGAAGAGCGAGCGGUGUGAAGCCUUUCAUGCUGAGAAAAGCAUUAUUAAAGAGUUCUUUCAGAAACCUGUAAAAAUCUGUUCUAAAGGCAAGUGAACUGAACUGAAAUGUAAAAUUAACGUAAUCGAUGUUUCUGAGCACACGGCCAGCAUAGAACAUACGUUACGUGGAAAAUCAAUCAUGUCAUAUCAAAUAUGAAUGGUGUAGGAAAUCUCAGGACAGUUAGUCACCGUCUGUUGAUAAUUGAUAAUGAACUGAUUUGGUUUGAUACAUUUUUAAACACUGUUCUUCCAGUUGACAUGAAACAGAAAUAGAUGAAUCUGUAUCUAGGUCCACAAACACAAUUGAAUGAUAAAAUUAAAAACCUCAACUCUUUAUUUUGCUCAGAAGUUUCGUAACAAUGUUUAAAUCAGUCAAAGAUAGGUACUUACAAAUGAGUAAUAGAGUGUUAAUGAAUGUGGAAUGAUACAAUUAUGUGAAAACUUUCACGUAGGCUGUUGGUCAGCGGUUCUCAACCUGGGGUACGCGUACCGUUGGGGUACGCGACAGCCUUUAGGGGGUACGCGAAAUUAAAAUUAGUGAUAGCGGACGAAGCAAUUUGUUGUUAUAAUAUUUAGUGUGUUUUUCAAUCCUGCUCUUAAAACAUGGCUGUAGCAAUCAAACAAACCAUAGUUUAAUUACAAACCUGAACUUGACUCUAUAACGCGAUCUACCACUACUCUCACCCUCUCUGCGAAAACAAACCAAGCCAGGGGGUACAAUUGAUUUGGGAAGGCGUCAAAAAAGAUUGAGAACCGCUGCUCUAUGUAAUUGGACAUCAUGAGGUAAAAUUGAAUUUAUUUAACGGACCUUUAUUAAUUGCUGACACAUAUGAAAAUUGAGUAUAAAUGAAACUGUAUAAGCAACAUCUUUAAGAAUGCACUCUCAAAGUUUACAAGCAUAUAGAACCCUACUACCCUCUUAAAGCCUUUCAAAAAAUUAAUCAUUGCACAUGUACACACCAUGUAUGCAAAUAAUAUGCACCGUGCUAUAGAUAUCAUGCAUUCCAAAAAUCCUCCAACCCCAACCUCCCAAGGCUGGUAAUUUUGGCUUCAACCUCGUAGCGCAUAUUUCUUCAUCAACCUAGGGAACCCAGGGUGGGAUGUUGAUGCCCGCUGCGGUGGUCCACUUUUUGCUGCGGCGGAUCUCUGUGAGUGUUUAUUUGCAUUCAUUCCGUUACACAGAUAUACAUUGCGCGAAUUGGGCGAGGUAAAUGCCCGGAUUGUUAAUGGUACAUUCAUUUAUCUGACAAUUUGUAUUUUCUCAGCACACGGGCAUGUUUGUACUGUAACGAAAUUUAAACAAUGGACAUUUCAUAAUUCACUCAUUGAUGACCGACAACAAAUUUACCGAAAAGAGUGUUCCGUUCCGAGGGUGAAAGUAGUAAAUAAUUUACUGCGGAUGUAACUGAGAAUCGCAAAUUAGUUGACGAACUACAUUUUCAGUUAUUUUGGUGUGGAGCUUGGAGCAGUGUAUGAGUGAGGGUUAAAAAUAUUGAUUAUCUAAUUUCGAGAAUGUGCCGCAGAACUAACAGAAACCGGAAGAAUACUAUCUAAGCGAUAGGCAAAUUGAAUGAGGCUCUAUACUUCAAACAAUUGAAGAUAGAUAGUUUGCUUUACGUUUUGAUAAGACCUUCUUGCAUACGUUUAGAAAAAAAUUAGAUUCGUCUGUUUUUCACUCUUCAAGAGUGAGUCAAACAAGUAGGGCUGUCUCCAAAUAUAAACGUUAACAAUGAUUCUAGCAGCAUUUCAUCUGCUCAUAUUUUCAGCAGCAUCCACGGUAGCCGAAACAGAUUCAAUCGGAUGCAUUUCUGCGUCUUGUGACACAUUUGCAGAUGUCCAGACCAGGUGGUGUCAUGAGCGGCCAGAUCGAUACUGCCAGUGUAUGCAGUUGAAGGGCUCGUUCUGGAGCCAACAAGUACGGUUGUGCGACAAAGGAAUGCUGUUCAGUUUUUCGCAUCAGAGUUGCGUGUCGCCAGCGGAGCGCGCCCCUCUCGAAAUUUGCUAUCUAGACACUAGUGAAAGCGGAAGCGGCAGUGGUGAUGAUUCGGAACUUCCUGUUUCAUUGUGCGAUGGUUAUCCCUGCGAUGAGCUUUUCAAUCACAAUUUUCCAGCGGUAGUGGAGGAUGAUUUGGUAGAAGAUGAUUUAAUGGAGUUCUUAUUCCCGAGGAAUCGCGCCUAAGUAAAUGAAAUCUUUUCUUGGAGUUGUAGCAAUUUUUUUGAGCAAUAAGUCAUUAAAAGCAACCUUUCGAAACCAAAAAAAA